AUUUCUCGACUUUUUUUGUCUUUUACAGUUACUGCUCCGGCUGGGUUCCCUGAUCACCCACACAGAGGCUUCGAGACCGUUACCUACAUGCUGCAGGGAGGUGUAACACACGAAGACUUUGAAGGGCACAAAGGCACCAUAGAAGCGGGUGAUUUGCAAUGGAUGACUGCUGGACGAGGGAUUGUCCACUCAGAAAUGCCAGCUUCUGAAGGCACUCACAAAGGCUUACAAUUGUGGAUAAACCUCUCUUCCCAAUAUAAAAUUAAGGAUAUUUGUAAGGCCAAAAGGGAUGGUGUGAAAGUGAAAGUUAUUGCAGGGGAGGCCCUCGGAGUACAAUCUCCUAUAUUUACUCGAACGCCCACAAUGUUUCUUGAUUUUACUCUAAAGCCCGGAGCCAUGAUCCAACAGCCCAUACUAUCAUCAUGGAAUGCAUUUGUAUACGUGUUAGAGGGAGAGGGCAAAUUCGGUAAUUCACGUUCUUCGCCUGUGUCGGCCCAUCACAUUCUUCUUCUUGGGCCCGGUGAUGGGCUUGAGGCUUGGAAUAAGUCCUCCAAAUCUCUAAGGUUUGUUCUGAUUGGAGGAGAGCCAUUGGAGGAGCCAGUUGUGCAGUAUGGUCCUUUUGUCAUGAAUACACAACAACAAAUUGAUCAAACUAUUGAGGAUUACGAAAAUUUCACUAAUGGAUUUGAGAAAGCAAGAUACUGGAAAUCCGAGUCCGCGGCUGUUUUUGAUUAU